AAACACUUGUCAUGCGAGGAGCAUCAUUCAGUAAAACGAAACGCACCUAGAAGCAACAGUUCUAAGGAACGCUUAAGCCCUCUCAGCUAAACAAAAAUGAUUAAGCUUGUGUGCCUGUUUGCCCUCGUCGCUGUUGUGGCUUCGAUGCCCAAUGGACCCUUCGCACCACCACCAAUGCAGGCUCCGAUGGGACAGAUCGUGAAGCGUGAAGCCAUCGCACCGGAAGCAGUGGCAGAAGAUGCACCCGUGCAGGAAAGUGCAGUGGAGGCUCAGGACGAUAUGGACAAGGCGGAAACGUUUGGCUUCGGAUACCACAAGGUCAUUCACGUGGGUGUGCCAUACUACCCGCCCUAUUACCAUUAUCCGCGCUACUACCACGGCUAUCACGGUUACCAUGGAUACGGACACUACUGGUAAAGGUAGUGUAGGAUUGAUCUGCAUUAUGGAUGGAAGGGUUGUAAAUAACACAGGAAAUAAAAUUAUAUCUUAAACAUGGAGUGAAACUCGCAUGUUUUAGUGCAAUUGUGUGCAGCAUGGCAAAUAAGUUGAGUUAAGAAUGGUUCAAAUUAUGCAAAUAACGAAAAAAAGGAAUCAAAUUAUCAAUCUCUAAGUGGACUCGAAGUUGACUACACGUAGGUUGAGCAGAUAGAGGUAAUGAAUAAACGGGAAACGUAGUAAAAAACGGGCUUUUGUAAGAGAACCACAACUAAGCUA